AUGCACAGCCUUGUCAAUUCACUCGUACUUGUGUUCGCUUUAGGAUUGCACAUUUCCCCCGCCUUCGUCGCGGCGGACACCACUGUCAUCCCUUCCAAUUCGUUCUCCUCCGUCUCCACCUUCGAAUCUUUCUGGAACUACCUCUAUCCCUGGGGAUCCGACCACAAUGGCACCUUAUCGCGACACCAACCUCUAACGCAUCACCUCCAACCAGCUCGGCAGAUCCCCACCCUGUUAUACAUUACGCCAGUGGAGCUAUUCACGCUAAGUCUCAAAUUACGGUUACUACUACAGCAGGCUACACAAUCUCCGGCGAGUUCAGUGCCCCCACUGCGAGAGGCACAUGGCCUGCGUUUUGAUAAGUGCCACCGUUCGUAUCCUCCGAAAUCGAAGCUAACACUUUGCUCGAUUGCCUUUACGGUGACUGCAGUAAACAGCUGGCCUCCCGAAGCAGACAUCGGCGAAUGGAAAGGCACUAACGACAACUGGUUUAAUACAUUCAACACUUCCUCCGUUGUCCGCUCAGACCUCGUUGCUUGGCCGGCCGAUCUGUCAUUCCACUCUCUCAAAGCUGUCCUUAAGCCAGAGUCUAACGGAGCAGACGUCCGAAUCGACUUCUUCAUGGAUAACACUUUGCGGGCGACGCAAUUUGGGAAAGGCUUCAUUGGAAAGGCUUUGUGGCUAUGGAAGGGAGCUCUGGAAGCCCUGGCCCUACAGGCACUACGACAUACAGAGCAAGGAACGUAG